AUGGAAAUCUGGGGGGGUCUCCGACUGGAAGUGAGCAGUUCCCUGGUCACGGUGGUAUUAUCAGCAGUUCUCCUGGCCCUCCUGAGAUGGUAUUCCACAUCUGCCUUUUCGAGACUGGAGAAGUUGGGCAUCAGGCACCCUAAGCCUUCUCCUUUCAUCGGCAAUCUGACAUUUUUCCGCCGGGGCUUUUGGGAAAGUCACCUGAUUCUCAAGAAACUCUACGGGCCUCUGAGCGGGUACUACCUUGGUCGCCGGAUGUUUAUCGUGAUCUCUGACCCGGAUAUGAUUGAGCAGGUGUUGGUUAAGAACUUCCAUAACUUCAACAACAGAAUGGCAUCGGGAUUGGAGUGCAAGCCACUGUCUGACAGCGUUCUGUUCCUCCGUGACUCACGCUGGCAGGAGGUCCGCAGCAUGCUGGCUUCUGUCUUCAGCACAGAGAAGCUGACCGAGAUGAUCCCCCUAAUCAACCAAGCCUGUGACCUGCUCCUGGCUCAUUUGAAAUGCUAUGCAGAAUCUGGAGACUCUUUUGACAUCCAGAGGUGCUACUGCUACUACACCACUGACCUGGUGGCCAGUGUGGCCUUCGGAACCCCUUUGGAUUCCCAGAAGACCCCUGAGCACCCUUUUGUGGAGCAUUGCCGGCGAUUCUUCACCUUCUCCAUCCCCAGACCCUUCCUGGUUCUUCUCUUAUCAUUUCCAUCCAUAAUCCCGCUGGCCCAGAUUUUGCCCAAUAAGAACCGAGAUGAACUGAAUGGCUUUUUUCACAAGCUCAUUAAGAAUGUGAUUGCCUUUCGAGACCAGCAAGCCGCAGAAGAGAGGCGGAGGGACUUCCUUCAACUGGUGCUGGAUGCCCGCCAUUCUGCCACCUCUGGGGGCAUGGAGAACUUUGACAUGGUCACACAGGGCUUCUCUAUCAAGGGUGCUCCUGCCAGUCCUGCCCAGCCACACCAGCCUCGACUCCCGGCCAAGCCUUUGACGGACGAUGAGGUUGCAGGCCAGGCCUUCCUCUUCCUCAUUGCAGGCUAUGAGAUUGUUACCAACACUCUCUCUUUCAUCACCUACCUCCUGGCCACCAAUCCUGAAUGCCAAGAGAAGCUUCUGAAGGAGGUGGACAGUUUUCACAAGACCCAUCCAACCCCCGACUAUCACAGCCUGCAGGAAGGCCUGCCCUACCUGGACAUGGUGAUUGCUGAGACCCUGAGAAUGUACCCACCAGCUUUCAGGUUCACACGGGAGGCGGCGAAGGACUGUGAGGUGCUAGGGCAGCGCAUUUCGGCGGGCGCUGUGCUGGAGAUGGCGGUGGGCGCCCUGCACCACGACCCUGAGUUCUGGCCCAGACCAGAGGUCUUCGACCCAGAGAGGUUCACAGCUGAGGCCCAGCGACUCCGCCGACCCUUCACAUACCUGCCAUUUGGGGUGGGACCCCGGAGCUGCCUUGGAAUGCGGCUUGGACUACUGGAGGUGAAGCUGACUCUGCUCCACAUCCUGAGCAAGUUCCACUUUGAGGCCUGCACCCAGACUCAGGUCCCGCUCCAGUUGGAGUCCAAAGCUGCUCUAGGGCCCAAAAAAGGUGUCUACAUCAAGAUUGUUUCCCAUGACACGGUGACAACUGGCACCCCCAAAUUCCAAGAAAAUCCUUGUGUGGAAAUUUGAACUUUGGGGGAAGUUUACCUUCAGCACGCAAGGGAUGAAAGAUUAUUUGGCUAAAAUUUCCCUGAUGACUUAAUAAACCUUCAUUCCUGCUCUCAA